AUGUCUCUCCAGAAGUCUUCCGGUGCCGUGCCCGCUCCUCCGAAGUGGGUGGUAGACGUGAACAACGGCCUCCCCCCGAGAUCGAAGAACGCAUCGAGCAUUCCCGAUCCCCCGGGCUUCAUAUCUGCCAAAUCAGUCUCUGCUAAACAGAAAGCACAGAAAGAGGGCCGUAAACAACCUUCUCCCGUGGAGAUGAACACUUUGAAGCUCAAGAAGGCAUGGGAAGUUGCCCUUGCGCCGGCGAAGCAGAUUCCUAUGCAGGCUAUCAUGAUGUAUAUGUCUGGCAAUACUCUCCAGAUCUUUUCCAUAUUCAUGGUCUACAACCUAUUUAAGAGUCCGAUUCAGGGACUGACCCAAACAAACACAAUCUUCACUAGGUUCGAGGGUGCCGGAUCACAUGCGCAGAUUCUUGGUAUCAAGGUAUCCUACGUGCUGAUGCAGUUGCUGCUACUUGGCUUGGGCAUCUACAAAGUCAACGCGAUGGGUCUGUUGCCAACAACACGGAGCGACUGGCUGGCAUGGGAAACUGAACGUCAACCGCUUGAAAGGGCUUACUUUGCCUUUGAAUGA